AGUGUUCUAAUUACCGUUGGAGUGAAUAAAAAUACAUUAUCGAUGGGAGUUUAAGGUUUUAGAUAGAGAGAACACAAAGAAGUCAGAAAGAAACAAAAGACAAAGGAGUAAUGAAGAAGAGUAAACAAGAGAGCUUGUUUUCUCCUUCAUCUUCAUGGCGGGAGGCUCAUAAUCCUUCUCGGAGAACUUCAAACUCCUCGGCCGUAUCCUCCGGCUGCCUCCCUGGAUUCUUCAACCUUUUCCUCUCCACCUUCAACUUCUCCUCCAACCGCCGCAAAUCCAUCACCCAGGGCUCUAAAAAACAAGAACAAAGAACGGUCAUCUACGCUUCUCCUCCAGAUGAUACAUCAGACCGAGAUGGCGGAGGAGUCGUCGAGCCGCCGCUUCCACGCAAGGAAGGAGUGGAGGGAGAUGCGGCGAGGGUGAGUCUUGUCGGAGCGUUAGAGAAAUGCGAUAGGGACUUAGAGGAGCUGCAAAGAACCAUCAACGUCAUCAAAACCAGUUACCUUCUUCACAAGAAACUUGAGGUUUCACCGCCGAUGGCGCGUGAUAGUUUCAAGUUCUGUAGCACCGGAGAUGUCGUCGUGGGGACGCAAACGGAUAAGAACAUGAAGGCGACAGUACACGAAACAGACACGGACACAACAAUGUUGUCGAAGGUGAUGAAGAACGAUCAUGAGUACAAAGACAACAGAACUUACAAAGUCAACCACAUUAAUCUAAUCUCUAGACCGGAACAUUACGCCAUUCAUGACGUCAUUUCCAGGACAGCAACGAUAGAGACACGUGACACCACGCCAAUCAUGGUGCGGAAGGUAAGAAGGGGCUUGAUGGAGAGCGUGAACCAGGUUUGUGAUGACGUGGCAUCUGGUCAACGAAGAGAGGUCGUUAAGAUCGGUUUGGCCAUUCAUGACCACAUUUGUCGGGAUUUAAUCGCGGAGACCGUUCACGAGCUCUCCUCCUUCUCUAACUACUACGACAACGAGUGUCAUAAGUAUACUGAUUGUUACGGCGAAGGAAGUGGACGCCGACACAUCCGACGUGGGAGUACCAACUCACUUCCGCUCGACGCGUGUCGAAGAAGAUUAGUGUUUUGAUGUGAUCGAUCUACUCUUAGGUUCUUUGAAUGUCAUAGUCGCGAGAGUUUUCACCUACAACGCGUUUUGUAGCUCUUAUUUUAUAAGUUUGUUCAAUUAAUAAUCUAAUAAGACAUACAGUAUAUUUCAAGAGGGUGCAAAUGGUUGGGUUUAAUAGUGUGUAUAUUUUUAAUUUA